AUGAAAAGGAAUAGGGAAACGGAAAUUCACAAACUCGUCAAUGACAUCCAUGUAUUGGAGACGGCUCAUAAAUCCGAACAAACAUUGACCAUCUUCCAGGAACUGAGUGCAUUGCGGGGCAGGUUAUCUACCCUUCUGCAUUGUCACCACCAACGACACCUCCAACACUCUAAAGCGUUCUUCUAUGUUAACAGCGAUAACGGCAGCAGGUUGUUGGCUCGACUUAUCAACAAUAAGAAAAACAAAUCCUACAUAGCUUACCUACGUGACUGCCAGGGCUUGGUUCAACACUUGCCGGACAAUAUUGCUAAGAUAGCGCACUCUUACUAUGAGAGUUUAUACUCCCUGGAAUCAUCAUUUAGGCGCAGCACACAACUACUCCGAUGA